AUAAUAAUACAGCCUCUGCAAAAACGGUGACGCUGAAAUCGAUAAGCAGACCGAACUCGACGGCGAGCAAAGGAAAGGAGGAGAAGGAAGAGAAGAGUCAGGUGAACGAGAGCGUACCUUUGGAGGACGAGUCAGGUGCGGACGAGGAGCAAGCGGCUGUUAAGAUCCAGGCGGCUUUCAGGGGACACAAGACGAGGAAAAGCAUGAAGCAGUCCGACAAACCUUCGAUCACCAAGACCGAGCCGGCGCCGGAACCGGAACCUACAAGGGAGCAACUCGAGGAAGAGUUCCGUGCAGAUGAUAAAGAGCUCUGCAAUGCCGCGACGAAGAUCCAGGCUUCAUUUCGCGGCCACAUGGCACGAAAAGUUAAGGAAGAAGGCAAACCCGACGAUGAAGGACCUAUCAGUAACGAGAACGCUGAGGAGCUGGAUAUCGACCUAACGGAUCCCGAGUUAAGCAAGGCCGCAGUUAAAAUACAGGCGUCGUUCCGGGGUCACAUGGCUCGCAAAGAUAACGAGGCCGAAAAGUGAAGAGAAGAGAGCUUCGACAUGCAUCCAAAACUCCACUCCGUAUAAAUUAUUAUGAUAAACAGUGCUGUUCUCGUAAUAAUAAUAAUAAUCUAUUAAAUUACAGCAA